AUGCCUUCAGCCUCGGACACCAACAUGAGGUUCAAGUUCUCCAUCCUAGCGCUCCUUCUGGAAGUGAUCACCAUUGUUUUGUUUGGGAUAUUUGUGGAGUAUAAAAUCGGUAGUGACUCUGACGCCUUAUACCCACAUUUUCAGGAUGUCCACGUGAUGAUAUUUGUUGGAUUUGGUUUCCUGAUGACCUUCCUGAAGAAAUAUGGAUUCAGCAGCGUUGGCAUCAACAUGCUCAUUGCUGCAUUUGGUCUCCAGUGGGGAACCCUGAUGCAAGGAUUUUGGCACAUGCAUGGAGGGAAAAUCCAAACUGAUGUCAGAAGCAUGAUAAAUGCAGACUUCAGUACAGCAACUGCUUUGAUUUCAUUUGGAGCAGUUCUGGGUAAAACAACUCCCAUUCAGAUGCUGAUCCUGACAAUUCUGGAGAUCACCAUCUUUGCAUGCAAUGAACAUCUAGUUGCCGAAGUACUUCAGGCCACAGAUGUUGGAGCUUCAAUGACUAUCCAUGCUUUUGGAGCUUAUUUUGGUUUGGCUGUAACCUUAGUGCUGUAUCGUCCUGGUCUGAAAAACAAACAUGAAAAUGAUGAAUCCACCUAUCACUCGGACAUGUUUGCCAUGAUUGGUACCCUGUUCCUUUGGCUGUUUUGGCCCAGUUUUAACUCUGCCAUUGCAAGUAGGGGAGACAUGAUAACAGCAAUUAUCAACACUUACUAUUCCUUGGCUGCAAGUACCAUUGUAACAUUUGCCCUCUCCAGCUUGGUGGACAAAAGAGGCAAAUUCAGUAUGGUACUCAUUCAAAAUGCCACCCUGGCAGGAGGAGUAGCGGUGGGUACCUGUGCUGACCUACGCAUUUACCCUUUUGGUGCCAUGUGCAUUGGGAUUCUUGCUGGAAUUGUCUCUGUCCUUGGGUUCCGCUUCCUGUCUCCUCUGUUGGAAUCCAAGCUGAACAUUCAAGACACUUGUGGAGUUCAUAAUUUGCAUGGUUUGCCUGGAAUUCUGGGAGGUAUCGCUGGCAUCAUAGUAACUGCAGUAACAGACCAGACAAUGCAUGGUGUCCAGCUAACUCCUGGCAAGCAGGCCGCUGCCCUGGGAAGUACACUUGGAAUUGCACUGGUGGGAGGAGCAUUGACAGGUGCUAUUCUAAAGCUGCCCUUCUUGGGACAAGUCUCUGACCAGAACUGCUUUGAUGACUCUGUUUUUUGGGAGGUUCCAGAAGAGGAGAAAGGACAUGAAAUUCACUCCAGCAACCGAGAUGAGAACAGCAGAUUUGAAGCUGCCAUGUAGAAAAAUAAUUAGUCUGUAAUAUUUGUGCAAAUGAAGCUCUUUUACAUUUCUAAUGCUAAGAAACAACAUCCAAGUAUUUUCCUUACCACCAGGGGGUUUUAAGAAGUAGCUGUAAAUAACUAUAUUUUUGUGAUAUAAAACAAGCUUGAUUUUA